GGAAAAGUAAGAUGGUUUCAGUCUAUUGGCGCCACUUAAACAAGAUGAUGGCAUUGCUGAUUGGAGAUUAUUUAAAUAUGAUAUAACAGCUAAAGUAGCAAAUUGUCACCAUAGACAAUGAACGUUAUCAAUGCACUAAUAUUGGUCAUACUGUAAAAUGUUAGAAAUCACGCUUCUAUGGUUAAGUUAAAAACGCAGUACAGUAAUAUAAUCAUGUUUUGAUCUUGAAUAUUGAUAUAUAUAAAAAUGCCACAACAAUAUUUGAGGAAAAUUGCAUUAUUGGAAAGGUUAGAAAUUCCAUUAUAUAUGAAGCACUGUAUUGUUGAGUGACAUUUUCAAAUAUACUCGGAAUGGACAUUCAAUACAAAUUCAAUAGAGAAAUAGAUUGUAAACAAGGAGCUGUACGAUCGGUUCGAUUUAGUGUUGAUGGCACUUAUUGCUUAACUUGUGGAUCAGACAGAAAAUUGAAAUUAUGGAAUCCACAUAGAGGGGUAGCUUUGAAGACAUAUGGAGGACACGGAGACGAUGUAAUGGAAGCUUGCUCAUCAUGUGAUAGUAGUCAAAUUAUUUCUUGUGGAUUAGAUAAAUCAGUUAUCCUUUGGGAUGUGGCAACUGGAACUCUAAUUCGUCGUUUAAGAGGUCAUGUAGGUCCAGUUAACACAGUAAGAUUCAAUGAAGAGUCUACUAUGGCUAUUUCUGGAUCUAGAGACAAUUCAGUCAUGUGUUGGGAUGUGCGUUCUAAAGCUUUAGAUCCUGUACAAUGUCUAGGUGAAGCUAAAGAUUCUAUUUCUAGUGUGAGAGUAUCUGAUCAUGAAAUUCUAACAGCUUCGUUCGAUGGUAAGAUACGCAGAUACGAUAUUCGUGUCGGUGAACUGUAUGCAGAUUAUAUGGGAGAUGCAGUAACAUGUGCAAGCUUUACAAGGGAUGGUCAAUGUAUAGUGGUCAGCUGUGCGGAUGCUGUAGUCAGAUUAAUGGAUAAAGACUCGGGAGAACUGCUUGGAGAGUUCACAGGACACGUCGCGGAUAAUUUAUGCCUGGAAUCAAGCGUUGAUGUUCAAGACGCUCGGAUUCUUUCUGGUUCAGCCGAUGGAAAAUUAUGGAUAUGGGAUCUAGUUUCACAGAAAGUCAUUGCGAAACUUUCAGGCUCUAAACCUACAAAACAUCCAAUAGUCUCCUUGAGUGUUCAUCCGAAAGUUAACUGCUUCCUGGCUAGUAAUGGACCAAAUAUUUUAAUGUGGAACUCUGUGUCCACAGAACAAGAAUAGUACUUUAUGAAGAAACUUUGAAUGUGUACAUAUAUACUUAAUCAUAAAUUCAAUCUUAAUAAAGUUGAUUGUAUAUUUUUUAACUUUUAA